CAACAAGGAGAUCUUCCUUCGUGAGCUCAUCAGCAAUUCUUCUGAUGCUUUGGAUAAGAUCCGAUUUGAGAGCUUGACGGACAAGAGCAAGCUCGAUGCUCAACCUGAGUUGUUUAUUCACAUUGUUCCUGACAAGACUAACAACACAUUAACAAUCAUUGACAGUGGCAUUGGCAUGACCAAGGCUGAUUUGGUGAACAACUUGGGUACGAUUGCAAGGUCCGGGACCAAGGAAUUCAUGGAAGCCUUGGCUGCUGGUGCCGAUGUGAGCAUGAUUGGACAGUUUGGUGUUGGGUUCUACUCUGCUUAUUUGGUGGCUGAGAAGGUUAUUGUUACUACAAAGCAUAACGAUGAUGAGCAGUACGUGUGGGAAUCUCAAGCUGGUGGUUCAUUCACUGUAACAAGGGAUACAUCUGGUGAGAAUCUUGGUAGGGGAACCAAGAUUACUCUCCACCUCAAGGAGGAUCAGCUUGAGUACCUUGAGGAGCGCCGGUUGAAGGAUUUGAUUAAGAAGCAUUCUGAAUUUAUCAGCUACCCAAUCUCUCUUUGGAUUGAGAAGACUACUGAGAAGGAGAUAUCAGAUGAUGAGGACGAGGAAGAGAAGAAGGAAGAGGAGGGUAAAGUUGAGGAUGUAGACGAAGAAAAGGAGGAGAAGGAAAAGAAAAAGAAGAAAAUUAAAGAAGUCUCACAUGAGUGGUCUUUGGUGAACAAGCAGAAGCCUAUUUGGAUGAGGAAGCCUGAGGAGAUCACAAAGGAGGAGUAUGCUGCAUUCUACAAGAGUCUCACCAAUGACUGGGAAGAGCAUUUGAAUGUGAAGCACUUCUCUGUUGAGGGUCAGCUUGAGUUUAAGGCUAUCCUCUUUGUACCUAAGAGGGCACCAUUUGACCUCUUCGAUACAAGGAAGAAGCCUAACAACAUCAAGCUCUAUGUCCGGCGUGUCUUCAUCAUGGACAACUGCGAGGAGUUGAUUCCUGAAUAUCUUAGCUUUGUUAAGGGUAUUGUGGAUUCUGAGGAUCUUCCACUAAACAUCUCCAGAGAAACGCUUCAGCAGAACAAGAUCCUUAAGGUCAUCAGAAAGAACCUUGUAAAGAAGUGCAUUGAGCUCUUCUUUGAGAUUGCUGAGAACAAGGAGGACUAUAACAAGUUCUAUGAGGCUUUCUCAAAGAACUUGAAGCUUGGCAUCCAUGAGGAUUCCCAGAACAAGACAAAGCUGGCUGAAUUGCUCAGGUACCAUUCAACUAAGAGUGGUGAUGAGAUGACCAGCCUCAAGGACUAUGUGACCAGGAUGAAGGAAGGACAGAAUGACAUCUACUACAUCACAGGUGAAAGCAAGAAAGCUGUUGAGAAUUCACCAUUCCUGGAAAAGCUCAAGAAGAAGGGGUAUGAGGUGCUAUACAUGGUUGAUGCCAUUGAUGAAUACGCAGUUGGUCAGCUCAAGGAAUUUGAGGGUAAGAAGCUGGUCUCUGCUACCAAGGAAGGUUUGAAACUUGAUGAGAGUGAAGAUGAAAAGAAGAGAAAGGAAGAACUGAAGGAGAAAUUCGAUGGUCUGUGCAAGGUGAUCAAGGAUGUGUUGGGUGACAAGGUUGAGAAAGUAAUAGUCUCCGACCGUGUUGUUGAUUCCCCUUGCUGUCUUGUCACUGGUGAAUAUGGUUGGACCGCAAACAUGGAAAGAAUCAUGAAAGCGCAGGCAUUGAGGGAUAGCAGCAUGGCAGGUUAUAUGUCGAGCAAGAAGACGAUGGAGAUCAACCCUGAGAACCCAAUCAUGGAAGAGUUGAGGAAGAGAGCAGAUGCUGACAAGAAUGACAAGUCCGUGAAGGAUCUUGUCCUGUUGCUGUUUGAGACCGCUUUGCUAACAUCAGGGUUCAGCCUUGACGACCCCAACACAUUUGGGAACAGGAUUCACAGGAUGCUCAAGCUUGGACUCAGCAUUGACGAGGAUGCUGGUGAUGCAGAUGCAGACAUGCCUCCCCUUGAAGACGUUGAUGCUGAUGCCGAAGGUAGCAAGAUGGAGGAGGUUGAUUAAAUCUCGCUUACGCAAUUUACUUUCUAGAUUAUUAUAGAGGAAUUCUGGAACUCUCUUUUGGUUUUACUGUUAAGUUCUUUUUUAAGUUUGAUUGUCGACGAAUUAGGUGCAAGUCUUGGAACUUUUUUCCUUUUGGUGCUCUUGAACACCUAGCAGUAUAUGGUAAUCCUUUCGUCAAGUUUUUGGGCUCUAUUCUAUUAUUGCUUCGUUUACCUGAAUGACCUUAAAUUUCAAUUUGCA